AUGUCGAAGCGCGACCUCCACAUCCAGCCGCGCAUGGUCAAGAAGGGCCCCUUCUCUGUGGAGGCCCCUGGCGCUGAACCCGUCCCCGGAGAGACGAUCCCGCGCCGACACCCAGCAGCCAAGGACGGUCUCAUUCUGCGCCCUUCAGAGGACGUCGCCACCACCUACGAUAACUUUCGCCGAUCUGCUCGCUUGUUCGGCAAUGCCAAAGCUGUUGGCAGUCGUCGUUUGAUCAAGACGCACGUCGAGAACAAGAAGGUCAAGAAGAUUGUGGAUGGCGUCGAGAAGGAAGUCGACAAGCAGUGGACGUACUUUGAAUUGAGCGGCUACACUUUCAAGAGCUUCCUCGAAUAUGAGAAGCUGUGCCUGGAGCUCGGCUGCGGUUUGCGCAAGCUGGGCCUGGAGAAGGACGACCGCGUGCACUUGUAUGGCGCGACAAGCGCUAACUGGCUGGCCAUGUCACACGGCGCUGCUUCUCAAUCCGUAACUAUUGUGACCGCAUACGAUACCCUGGGCGAGGAGGGUCUGAAGCACUCAAUUGUCCAAACCUCCAGCUCUGCCAUCUUCCUCGACCCGGGCCUGAUCAAGUCUCUGACCAAGGUCCUGAAAGACGCCCCGUCGAUCAAGCAUGUCAUCUACAACACCGAUUCCGAGGCCAAGCAGGAGGACCUGGACACGCUGAAGAAUGAUUUUGGCCACAUCACGGUGCUGAGCAUCGAGGAGCUGCGCAAGCUGGGCGAGGAGAACCCCGUGGACCCGGUCCCGCCCAAGCCGGAGGAUCUCUGCUGCAUUAUGUACACGUCGGGAUCGACGGGCCCGCCCAAGGGUGUUCCCCUGACACAUGCCAACGUGAUUGCUGCCACCGCUGGUGUCAACGAGAUCGUGGGUCCUUAUAUCGGCCCCAAGGACUCGCUGCUGACCUACCUCCCGCAAGCUCAUAUUCUCGAGUUCAUGUUCGAGAACCUCUGUUUGUUCUGGGGUGGCACCAUGGGGUACGGCAACCCCCGCACGUUGUCCGACGCGUCGAUGCGCAACUGCAAGGGUGACAUUCGCGAACUCAAGCCUACUAUCCUGGUCGGUGUCCCGGCCGUGUGGGAGUCGGUGAAGAAGGGUGUGUUGAACAAUCUGAACAAGAACAACUUCCUGGUGAAGGGCAUGUUCUGGGGUGCCAUGUCGGCCAAGAACUUUUUGAUGGCUACUGGUUUCCCGGGUGCUAACCUUGGUGCUUGGCUCUUGGAUACCGUGGUCUUCCGCAAGCUUAAGGAUGCCACUGGCGGUCAGCUCCGCAUCAUGAUGAACGGUGGUGGCCCGAUCUCAAAGGACACGCAGAAGUUCCUGUCGAUGGCAAUCGCCCCGAUGAUUGGUGGCUACGGACUGACGGAGACUUCGGCCAUGGGUGCCCUGAACGACCCAAUGGCCUGGAACCCUGAGGCCCUGGGUGAGGUGCCUGCGUCGGUCGAGGUUAAGCUUGUGGACUUCCCGGAUGCCGGGUACCUGACCAAGAACACUCCGCCGCAAGGUGAGAUCUUCAUCCGGGGUGGCAGUGUGACAUCGGGCUACUACGAGAACGAGGAAGAAACCAAGGGCGCCGUCGCCGGCGAAGGGUGGUUCAUGACCGGCGACAUUGGCGAGUUCGACGCGAACGGCCAUCUCAAGAUCAUCGACCGCAAGAAGAACCUGGUCAAGACCCUGAACGGCGAGUACAUUGCCCUGGAGAAGCUCGAGUCUGUCUACCGCUCGUCCCCCGUGGUUGGCAACAUCUGCGCCUACGCUGCACAGGACCAGGACAAGCCCAUUGCGAUUAUUGUGCCCGUGGAGGUGGCGCUGAAGAAGAUCGCCAGCGACAACGGCAUUGAGGGCGACACGCUCGAGUCACUCGUCCACAACGAGAAGCUCAAGUCUAUUGUCCUGCAGCAGCUGCAGACCGCCGGCCGCGCCGGUGGUCUCAAGGGCAUCGAGAUCAUCAACGGCGUUGUACUAUCGGACGAGGAGUGGACCCCGCAAAACGGCUACAUGACCGCGGCGCAGAAGCUCCAGCGCAAGAAGAUCGUCAACAAGUACAAGUCCGACAUUGACAAGGCGUAUGGCAAGAAAUAA